CAACGCGGUAGCGGUGCCGGGGCCGACAUCCCGACUGCUCGAGCCCCACCGCCCUCCCCUGGGCGGCCCGAGGGCGGCUCGAGCCCAACCCCACGGGAGGCGGCCGAAGCGCCGGGACUGAACGGGCGGGCCGGCCGCAGCCAUGGAGCUGCCUGCUGUCAGCCUCAAGGUUAUCAUUAUGGUACACUGGCUGCUCACAGUGUGGGGAUGCAUGAAUUACAUGUUUCCAGCCUCCUAUGCCUGGGGAAAUUUCAGUGUCCUUGCAGUGGGGAUCUGGGCCAUUGUGCAGCGAGAUUCCCUUGAUGCCAUCACGAUGUUCCUGUUUGGCCUGCUGCUCACAGUUGUCACAGAUAUAAUUCACAUCUCUCUCUUCUACCCUUCAAACAAGGAUCUCACUGAUCUGAAGCGUUUCAGUGUAGGCAUGGUCAUCUUCAGCUUCCUUCUCAAACCUGUGUCCUGCUAUUUGGUGUAUCAAAUGUGUCGGGAGCGUGGAGGAGACUGCACCUUUAACAUAGAUGUCAGCAGUGCAGGCCGGGAUCGCAGCACCUAUGAACCAAUUGAUCAGCAAGAUGCCCCUUCACAGUGGCCUGACUCAAGCAGGACAGCCCAGCAGCCAUACUGAGGCCCUUCCUGCAACAGAGAAUUGAGAGCAGAAGUUUCCCUCACCCUUUCUAGCCUUCCACUCUUCCCCAGUCUGUUCUGAUGGAGCAAGACCUACUACUGAGCAGACAGGAGUGAAUCUGGAAGGUUAGGCAGAUGAGUUCCUGCAGUAAGUCCAGAAGAUCUCAGAGACUAUUUAUUAAGCACUGUGACUCUUUGUAAUCCUGAUACUCUCCUUUCCUCUCUCCUCCUAAAUUCCUCCCUGGAUGUGAGUGGAUGCACUUCUUCCAAUCUUGUGAUGCACAUGCUGUCUACUGUAAGGGAACCAGUCAAAAUACUCCUGGACAAGCUGUCUUUAAAAGUCUUAUAGACUGCCCUUAAACAAUAUAAUUUAGCCUGCUUUUAUGCAGGUAUGUUUCCAGGAAGCAUUUGGGAGUUCCUGAGGGCUGGUUUGGAUGGUGAACUGGGAUUUUAUGACCAUAACUCCCUAUGCUAGCUGUGGUGGUUUGCACAAAGCUGGGGCUGGUAUAAAACUGGGCCAGGGAGCUGCUUGUGCUCCCAGUAUCUAGUCUUGGGCUUUAUUCACUGAUACUUUUAUGCAAGUUGAAUGUCCUUCAGGUUACCUAAAAUGGCUGUUGAAUGUAGAUUAUAGAUACUCUGUGCCUUGAAAUGUCCUUUUGCCUUCAG